AUGUUUGGCGAAGAGCAAAGCAAGGGCAAGGGCAAAGGGGACGAUGGCCGGCCCCAGCUACCGCGCCAUGUUCUCAGUGCGUGGGAGAGGGUUUGCAGGCAGUUGGGGAGACCCUUGACUGGGCGGGUGCCCGCCGACGACGUUCUCAACAACGCUGUGGGCAAUGACUCCUUCAGUCUGAGCAGCACCUACUUUGGUCUCCCCGAGGAGCGGCUCUCCUCGGGGCUUCAGGGCACGAUGGAGGCCGUUUUUGCCCCCGCGCUCUCUGCCAUGGCGCUCGCGCAGAGCGGUGUGCUGGCCGACCAGCCCGACCUGGUCGCGCAUUGCCUGGAGAGUCUGGCGGCGCGCAUCGUAAAGUGCGCCCACGUGUUCGAAGCUAUGACGCCGCGCGACACGGCACACUUCGACCCCGUCGUCUGGAUCAAGACGUAUCCCGCCAUGGGCCGCGCGGUGACGUCUGGCGAGCUGGGGAACAGCGGCGUUGAUGCACCACUGUUCCAUGCGCUGGACGCGUUCAUUGGCCGCCAGGAUGUUAAGGGUGACUUGAAGGGGAUGCAGAGCGAUAGACGGGCCACGCUGCCGGCCAACAUUCGCGCUUUUCUGGAUGCCCUUGGUGACGGAGCCGGAAGCGUCAAGGACUACGUCGCUGCUGUCCCUUCCCGGCAACAACAUCUGUCCCCUGAAGAGCAGUCACAAUAUCAGCAUCUCUCAGCAGCGUGGGAUGGGCUUUUGCAAAUGUACAUCUGGUUCCUCGAGCGGCACCGCGUCAAGGCUGUUGGCGUUACGGGCGUGAGCUUGAACACGGGGCGACACUCGACAAGUACCGGCGUCAAGAGCAGCGACCAGGACAAAGGCGCGGCAGGAGGAAAACCAAAGAUGCGCCCCGAGACCAUGCUCAGCAUGCAAAUGAAGAAGGGCAUGGCGUCACGACUGGGCGGUCGGCCGCUGUGGCAGAACGCGCAUGUGCAGUCGCAGAGCGUGUACCAAGGCAGCGUGGUGGUGGUCAAAAUCAUCGCACCAGCGACGGUUGCGUGCAUCCUCCCAGAAGAUGAUGAUUCGUCGUCAGACAUUAGUGACGAUGAUACCGAGCCGAGAUUCUACUCUAUCGCCCGUGCAAUGCCAGAUGUUGCUGAUGGCGCGACAGAAUUAGGGGUGAGAGGUAUGAUCAUCACUCUGACAGUCGGUCAACAAUCGCCCGAGGGACUUGUCUCCUCCUUCCUCAGCACUGCCGCUGAAGGCACACAUCUGCGCCUUCGUCCCUGGCCUUCUCCGCGUUUCCGCCAGCCACGUGAACUGGCCGUGCCACUGGUGCUGAUUGGUCAGGGCAGCGGCGUCGGCCCCUUCUUGGGCUUCCUGCACGACCGGGCGGCAUGGGCACAGCGGCUCGAUCACAGCCAAGACGACAUCAGUGAUGUAGGCGAGGUUCUCCUCCUGGUGGCUGCCAGAACACGUCGUCAUGUCCCCUGUCCACUCGACAGCCUGGAGCAACUGACCAGGACAUUGCCACUGACCAUAGUCUUGGCUCUCAGCCAGGAGACACACCUCUUGAUCCGCAACGGGACCUGGACUCGGCUCCCCCAGGGAGAACGGCGAGUAAUGCGCCAUUUGAUAGAGCACCGGGACUAUGUUCAGCGGCUCGUCAAGGAAAAGAGCGGCCACGUCUUUGUCUGCGGCAGCUCCGAAUUUGGAGCUACGGUGAUGAGCAGUCUUAAACUGGACCAACCUCAACAGCAGCAGCAGCAGCAGCAGCAAGAACUCAAAGCACGAGACGUAAAUGACGAGUCCUACUAUGACAACCACACACAAAUACCCUCCCCUCCGGCGUAUUGGUACCAACUGCACCAAGAUCUCUUCACUACGGUGAAAAGACCUUCCACCUCACGGUCUUCUUCCUGCUCCUCAUCCUCGUCCCGCUCGUCUUCAACCCCAACAAGCCCCGAAAACCCUAUCAUCAGCCUCUCCAACCUUGCAGCACACAACUCCAUCACCUCGUGCUGGACUGCCAUCGACGGAACAGUCUACGACAUGACUCCCUUCCUGGCCACCCAUCCGGGUGGACCCAAAACGCUGCUUGAGUCAGCAGGCACCAUCGCCGACGCGCGCUUCGCCGAAACGCACGGCGGGCCGCACGCCCAGGAGAUUAGGGGCUAUCUCCAAAGCUAUGCCAUUGGGCGUCUGUCUACAGCUACCACAGGCCCUGGCACGCAGACAAACACGGCAAAACUCAUCGAUGCCAUGGUAAGGAUUCAAAACGCGCUCACCAAUAAUAGCGCCUUUGACGCAAGCCGUGGACCGGUGCCCAUGUACGUGUACGAGGAUGCUCUACUCGUUUUUGCCGAUGGCCUAGACGUUGUGGUCGGCAUCCUGUCAGACGUUACCACUAACAGUCGCUCCUCUAAGCUGAGAGAAACUGUGAUAAACACGCAGUCGCUAUUGAAAAAAGCUUUCACGGUUCUGAAAGACGGGUGCAAGGGUUGCCUGGUGGCUGCUGGCUCCAAGGGCUCCGGGCCCCCUCCUCGACGCUCCUUGACGAGAGUGAGGAUUUGA